AUGUUUGGUGAUUUCCCGUUACAGGGGAAAAUUGUUGCCAUCACUGGCGGAGGAUCAGGCAUUGGGCUCGCCUUUGCGAAAAGGUGCCACUCCCAAGGCUCGAGAGUGGUGAUUGGUGACUUGAAGCUCUCACCACAAGCACAAAGCUUUGUUGAUGAGAGUAGAGACUCGAGAACGUGUCUAUUUACACAGUGCGACGUGGCUAAAUGGAGCGAUCUUCAGGGGUUGAUUGAUUUUGCUCGACGUGAAUUUGGUGAUGUGCCAGAUGUAUACUGUCCCUGUGCCGGAGUUUUUGAGCCCGUAAAGCAAGAAAACCAUUACCAAAGUGUGGCUAUAAAUGUUGAGCACCCAUUGAAGUUCACUCGUCUUGCGAUCCGAGCGUUAGUCGGCAUGAACAAGAAAGGUGUGGUAUUGUUGGUUGCUUCUGUGGCUGGAUUAUAUGGUACUUAUGCUGUUCCGAUGUACUGCGCAACAAAGCAUGCGAUCGUGGGAUUUGUCAAAUCACUGAGUUUAGCAGACGAACUGGAGGGUAUCAAAGUUGUUGGCAUCUGCCCAGGCAUAGUUGGUACACCUCUAUGGGACAAUAGACCGAAAACCAUGGAGAAUUAUGGUGCAUACGGUGCUAUUGACCCCCUUACACCAGAGGAGGUAGCUAUCUCAAUGGGCGCAUUGGUUCAAGAAGGCAAACAUCAGGGAGGAACGGUGUUUUUGCAUGGUAAUGGUAAGAAAGAGGUGGUGGUUUCUGGCACGAGGAUAGGCAACACCCCUUUCGUGGAAACUGCCGAAAGGAUACAUGCGAUUAUUCAGAGAGAGAGAGGAACACAUCCCACCUCCCAACCCUGCAGAUCAGGGAAGUAG